GUUUACGUUUACGGUUUAUAGCCAAUAGCAGCGAACCUACUCAUGUUUGAAUGAAGAACAGGCGGUUGACGUUUACUCCAAUAGCAGUAGCCCAGCCACGCAAGCCCUCAUGUCCACGAGAAGAUCGCAUACAUUUGGAGAGACCAUGCCUUCAACAAGAUCUGGAGAACGCACCCCAUUGAGGUGUGUCCAGAAUGAAAUGCGCCAUGUCUCAACCCCAUCUUCUAGACUCAAAUCGAGAUCAGGGUCGGGCAGCAAUAUCCUCAAAACACCCAAGAAUGAUGCUGUGUUCAUCUACACAGACCCGUUAACACAUUACACUCCACCAGCUGAGGUCUUAUGCUCUCCUAGUGUUCCAAAGCCCAGUGAUAAAACUACUACCAGUGAUACAGCUCCUACCACUGAGGACAGAGCUGUUGAUACAAGCAGUGGACUUGGAGACAUUACCUUCAAGUCCUUCAUCUGUGCUGGGGGUGAGGUUGAGGUUUCAGAGCCCUCAAGGGUUGUAGACGAAACCAUCCGGCUACCCGAGAAUCAACUGAACAUCUCUUCUCUUCCUGGCUAUGAUGAUGAAAACACAUGUCUCUCUGACAGUAUGGUUACUCAAUGCUGUGACAACCAUGUGGAUCACGUCUAUUGUGAUUUGGAAAGAGAUUUGUCCACAACUAAAGCUGACCUGUCCUUUAAUGGGGGUUCAAACGCCAGUCUUAGUGUUCCACAGUUCACUGAUAUAGCCCACAUCACUGAGACUGUUACUGGCAGACAGGGAGAUGUAACGUUUAAGUCUUUCAUCUGCACCGGAGGAGAGGUGGAAGUUUCAGAGGCUUCCAGGGUGGCACUUGAGACUAUACUCCUACCAACGGAUCAGCCUGCAAACCACCAUCAGCCAUACAACGACAGUAUAUAUCAAAGUGUUAUAGUAGAUGAGUUGGACAUGCAGUCCAUCGAUGACCACGCAGAUCACCUCUAUUGUAAUGUGGCCUCUAGUGCACACCUUUCCUUCAAAGAACCUACACAUUGUAGUACUAUGAAAUCCAUAGAGAUGGUACAUACCAAUGAAGAGUCAAUUGGUGUUCAAAAUGCCACUGGCGGACAAGGACAUGUGACAUUCAAAUCCUUCAUCUGCACUGGGCUUGAGGUUGAAGUCUCAGAGUCCACCAGAGUGUCCAAAGACACUAUUCUCCUACCUGAGAAUCAGACUGUGACAAGUCAUCUACCGUACAACGACAGGGUCAACCCAAACAUCAUAGAGGAGCAGUCCUCCGAUCAUGCAAAACACCCUUACAGCCAUGUGGAAAGUGAAGGUGCCGUGUGGAAAGCGGACGCCGCUGCCAUAAGUGAACCCUCAAUGGGAAAUGAAUCCUUAAGGUCAUUGAAGGACCUGGAAGAUGUCGCCUGUCAGCUUUUCCCUGAAGGCCCCAAACAGGGUUAUUCUCAUGAUGAAGACAGCGCCGUGGUUCCAGCUAUACAGUUGGAAACUGACCGCUCCCAUUGCAAUGAGUUUGGAGCCUCGGCCAGGAGCUCCACACCUGUAGAUGAGGACAACUCAUCGAUAGCCUCUCACUCCCAUUCUCAUGGUUCAAUGCAGGAGUCCAAUGGGGCCACAGACAGUGUGCUGGGUUCAAGCAGUAACGCUCCUCUUCUCUCCAACACUACAGACAAAGCGAGCUCUGAGAACAUUGCUGACAUGUUGACUGAGCUACCCAAGAUCCCCUCUGUAGCGACGUGGGCCGGCGUUGGUGAUGCUUUACAGUUUGAGAUCUUCAGCCCCGUUCUUAGCACUACCCCCAUGACCAGAAGAAGGGGCAUUCAGAAAUCGUCUUUCGCCCAAAUGGAGGAAUCCGCUCUGGAAAACGGUAGGAGUUGUGUCCUCAACUCUGCUGAGGGUAGCUCCGUUGUCCCCGCCAACCCAGACAGCCGACUCUGGGGGGCCGUCCUGGAGAGCCCCAUGCCUCUGCCCAAGUUCAACUCGACGGCAGUGGGUGCCGCAUCGACCUGCAAGCCCCCUCCUCCUCCAGACCCAGUCACAGAGACUGUGGAGACGAGGCCAGAAGUGGAUGUACCUCAUGUAAAAUCCCAACCCAAGGUGGAGAAUGUAAAGAUGGGUCUUUUUGAUCAUUUACCAAGGUUGGUUUGUGAGGAGCCCUUUCAGCAGCAACUCAUCCAGAUGGCCCAAUUUCUCAUCCUGGCAUCGGGCAAGAUGGACCCUGUUAGCAACCCUGCCCUAGCCCCUACACCCGCUCCCGCCCCUCCUGUAGUGGAAACUACAGCGGGGACCGUGGCUGUGGAGUGCCACAGCAUGUGUGUUGGCACCACUCCAGUGAGGCAGGCAGACCGCAGUGCCAACACCUCUGGUCAGUUUGAGAGGAAGAGGGAGUUCUCUGUGUCUGACGCCUGCACCAGCACCGAGACUCUGCUCUGGAAUCUGGCCCCUGGGAGCCUGUGUGGGGUCCCCAGACAGGAGCUGGAGCAGAGGCUGACCUCCACCCUCAUCAUGGUGGAGGCCCUGGUGCAGCAGCUGUGCACAGCCAGGGAACAGGGCCACUCUAGGGCCCCGGGCCCUCAGAAUUCAGGGACAAGCUGGUCCAGACCGACCACACUGAACUCAGCCAGACGGUAA